UUUUAUACGUCAGUUCUUAGAUAUGAUUUGGGAUUUUCGCGCCGGAUCAAGUUAGCAGAAGCCUAUGUUUCCGACUGGCCCCGAUCGAUUUUUGGGCGAAUGGGGCUGGAUUAUUGAAGAGACGGACUGAACUAUGGAAAGCUUUCUCGGGGAUUUUGUGUUGCCGCUGCUACUUCUGAUAGCUGGGCUACUGAAUUGGAGUUUGAUAUCCCUAAUUAAUUUGGUGGCUUCUCUUGUAAUUCGAUUCAUUGCGCCUAAAAGAGGAUUUCGUUUCAAAUACAGAAAUUCGUUCUUGUGGUGCAUUUUCAUAUUCUCGGUUGUCGUUAUCCUUUUACAAGUGAUUUUUCUUGCCAUUUGGGCCAUUGUGGGGUCAGAAUGGAUGGUAGCAGAUGCCUGGUGGGUGAAGCUCAUUGGGUUGUUGAAAGUCCAGUCUUGGAGAUACCCAAUCGUUAUAUAUCUACUGGUUAUCCAACUUUUAGUGGCUGUCCUUGCACUGACUGAAAUUCACUGGAACAGAUUUGGGUUUUCCCGGUCCCAAAACUCUUGUUGGGGACCUUUCAGUUCAGUGGUUGAGCAGUUAGGUUCUCGUCUUAGGGUGGCUUCUUGUUUGUUGCUACCUGCUAUUCAGUUGGCUGUGGGAAUUAGUAAUCCUUCAUGGCUUUCUUUACCAUUUUUUGUAUGCAGCUGUAUUGGUCUUGUUGAUUGGUCUUUAACAAGCAACUUUUUGGGGCUUUUCAGGUGGUGGAAGCUGUUAUGGCUAUAUGCUGGCUUCAGUAUUUGCUUAUUAUACGUGUAUCAGCUCCCAGUUGGCUUCCCAGGGAUUUUCAAUAUGAUAGCAAAGUUUAUUGGUCUCUACAAACUGUCUGCAAAGUCAGAUUUGCAAAAAAUAUCCUCCAGUCUUUCUUUGUUGGCAUUCUACUACGUGCUCUCCUCUGUGAAACGUGAUCUGGAGGAAAUGGAUUUCCUAAUGUCCAUAAGAGAGGGUAAUUUGACUGAGCAGCUUCUUCCCUCAAGACAGCCUUUUUUUAUUCGGGAGUUGAGAUCUGGUGUGAGGCAUGCGAAUGUAUUUUUAAGGAGAGCAGUUUUCCGCUUUUUCACUAUUAACUUUUUCACAUAUGGUUUCCCGGUCUCAUUGUUUGCGCUUACCUUUUGGAGCUUCCACUUUGCCAGCAUCUGUGCUUUUGGAUUGCUUGCAUAUGUUGGGUACAUUUUAUACGUGUUUCCUUCAUUGUUUCGUUUGCACCGGUUGAAUGGGUUGCUUCUCGUCUUCAUUCUCUUAUGGGCGGUUAGCACAUAUAUCUUCAAUGUGUCAUUUGCUUUCAUGAAUGGGAAACUUGGAAAGGAUAUGGAAAUCUGGGAGAUGGUUGGGUUGUGGCAUUAUCCUAUUCCUGGAUUUUUCCUUCUUGCUCAGUUUUGUCUUGGGAUUCUUGUCGCUCUGGGUAACUUAGUCAGCAAUACUGUUUUUCUAUGCGUGUCAGAUGAGGAGAGGCAACUGUUGGACAAUAGCUACACAGAGGAAGUGAAGGAAGAAACCAGAGUACUGAUUGUGGCUACAAUAGCCUGGGGACUCCGCAAAUGCUCUCGUGCUAUUGUCUUGGUGUUGAUAUUCAUUAUCGCAAUGAAACCCGGUUUCAUCCAUGCUAUUUAUAUAACAUUCUUCUUUAUGUAUCUUCUGAGCCAUGACAUCAGUAAAAGAACACGCCAAUCUCUGAUUCUUCUGUGUGAGGCUCAUUUUGCCGUGCUAUAUAUUCUUCAACUUAAUUUGGUCUCAAAAACACUGGAGCAAAAAGGGUCCUUGAGUAUGGGAAUCCUUUCUCAGUUAGGUCUUCUUGAAAGUGAUAGUUCUUGGGAUUUUCUGGAGAUAGCUCUGCUUGCUUGUUUCUGUGCGAUGCAUAACCAUGGAAUAGAAAUGCUGUUUUCUUUUUCUGCUAUUGUACAGCACACUCCUAGCCGUCCUUUUGGUUUUAGCAUUUUACGAGCUGGACUGAACAAAUCAGUUUUGUUGUCGGUUUAUGCCACCUCAAGCACCAGGGACAGCCAUGACAAUGCCUCCCAUGAGAAGAAAAUAGCUCUGUAUCUUGGCUCAAUAGGGAAGAAAUUUCUGUCCGUGUAUAGAUCCAUGGGCACCUAUAUAGCAUUUCUGACAAUUUUGCUAACAACUUACCUGGUCCAGCCGAAUUGUAUAUCAUUUGGAUACAUUUUUCUUCUCCUUGUGUGGAUUAUUGGACGACAGAUUGUGGAGCGUACUAGGCGCCGCCUUUGGUUUCCACUGAAAGCAUAUGCAAUUUCUGUUUUCAUUCUUGUUUAUUGUUUGAGCAUUUUUCCUACUUUUGAGGCGUGGAUGUCCCAGAAACUUGAUCUUCAGUUGUAUUUUGGUUAUGACCCUGAGUCGUCGUUGUUAGAAAAUGUGUGGGAAUCUCUGGCCAUUGUUGUUGUAAUGCAACUGUAUAGCUACGAGAGAAGACAGAGUAAAUAUGUCAGACCAGAAGAAGACCCUGAUUUAUCGCAUUUUGGGAUUUUGGGGUUCAUUAAACGCUUUCUUAUUUGGCACAGUGAGAAGAUCUUGUUAAUUGCACUGUUUUAUGCUUCAUUAUCUCCGGUUAGUGCAUUUGGUGCUCUCUACCUGGUUGGCCUAAUCUUCAGCUCAACUUUGCCAAAAGCUUCUCGGGUUCCAUCCAAAUCAUUUUUAAUUUAUACUGGCCUUCUAGUUACAGCUGAGUAUCUGUUUCAGAUGUGGGGUAAAUAUGCUAAGAUGUUUCCUGGACAAAAACACUAUGAUGUGUCCCUUCUUCUGGGAUUCCAAGUAUACAAACCCAGUUUCUGGGGUAUUGAAGCUGGUUUGAGGCCAAAAGUGUUGGUCAUUGCUGCAUGUACUCUUCAGUACAAUAUCUUCCGUUGGUUGGAUCGAAUGCCCACUUUUUUCUUAAAUGGAGACAUGUCAGAGGAACCUUGCCCGCUUUUCGUCUCAGAGGAAGAUGUUUUACCUCUAGUUUCAGUAUCAAAUGGGGAAAGCAGUAACUCAUUAUCAAAUCAUGGUGGAGCAUCAUCAAGAAAGGAAGGAGGCACAAGCAGCUCAUGGCCCUCCUUUAGCCCUGCUAUAAACCAAUCAUCGCGUAUUGAGUCCUCAGGUGGAAUCAGGCAUGAGGAUCCAAGCACUAGAAAGCAUUCGCUUGCCGGUAUGUGGGGGAGUAUGAAGGAGAGUCAUAAGUGGAAUAAGAAGAGGAUUAUUGCCUUGAAAAAGGAGAGAUUCGAAAUGCAAAAGAGUACAUUUAAGGUGUACCUGAAGUUUUGGAUAGAGAACAUGUUCAAUCUCUUUGGGCUGGAGAUCAGUAUGAUUGCACUGCUUUUGGCCAGCUUUGCUCUUUUAAAUGCCAUUUCCAUGGUCUAUAUUGCAUUACUGGCUGCUUGCGCUCUUUUAGAGCGACGUAUCAUACGCAAACUAUGGCCAACAUUUGUCUUCUUGUUUGCUUUCAUCCUCAUUUUUGAGUAUUUUGCUAUGUGGAAGCAUCUUAUGCCUUCAGAUGGGCAGGGCUCCAGCGGAAGUAACGUGCAUUGCCAUGAUUGUUGGAAAAGCUCAAACAUAUACUUCACCACUUGCAAAAGCUGUUGGCUGGGGCUUACUGUAGAUGAUCCUCGGGUGCUGAUUAGCUAUUAUUUAGUCUUUCUGCUUGCAUGUUUCAAGCUCCGAGCAGAUCGUGCUGCGAACUUUUCUGGGUCAUUUACAUAUCGGCACAUGAUUUCGCAGCGGAGAAAUGCCUUUGUUUGGAGAGAUCUGUCAUUUGAAACCAAAAGCAUGUGGACUUUCCUCGACUAUUUGCGACUAUAUUGCUACUGUCAUCUUUUAGAUCUCGUGCUUGCUUUGAUCUUGAUUACCGGAACCCUGGAGUAUGACAUUUUGCACCUAGGAUAUCUUGCUUUUGCUCUGGUUUUCUUCAGGAUGAGGCUUUCCAUACUAAAGAAGAAGAACAAAAUUUUUAAAUAUCUACGGAUCUACAAUUUCAGUGUUAUUGUUCUUUCUCUUGCUUAUCAAUCUCCCUUCGUGGGCGAUUUCAGUGCGGGGAAGUGUGAAACAGUUGAUUACAUAUAUGAGAUGAUAGGGUUCUACAAGUACGACUAUGGGUUUCGGAUUACCUCGAGAUCUGCUUUUGUUGAGAUAGUCAUAUUUGCUCUGGUAUCACUGCAGUCAUAUAUGUUUUCCUCUCCUGAGUUCGAUUAUGUGUUCCGAUAUCUUGAAGCUGAACAAAUUGGAGCUAUUGUACGUGAGCAAGAGAAGAAAGCUGCUUGGAAAACCGAACAGUUUCUUCAUAUUCGUGAAUCUGAGGAGAAGAAGCGUCAGCGCAAUUCCCAAGUGGAAAAGAUAAAGUCUGAGAUGCUCAAUUUACAAAUCCAGCUUCAUGAUGUGAGCCCUAGCACUGUUGGUGAUGAUACUUCUCCAGCAAGUGAGGGGCUGAGAAAGAGAAAAAAUGCCACCAUGAAUGCCGAUAUCAACUUUGAGAACCUUGAAAAACAGGAUAACAAUAAUCAUCCGGAUUCAGGCUUUUCAUUUGAUCUGUGUGAUUCCCCAAUUAGUAUGAGGGCAGAUAGUACCUUUGGAACGGAACUAAUGAAGCAGUCCUCAGAUAAUCCAUUUGGUGAGAUCAUUGAGCUUGAGGAAGGUAAAAGAGAAUCGUCAUUUAUGGAGACUGACAAAGGAAAGAAAGGGAAGGGUGAAGGAAAAGAACACCCCUUGGUCUCUGCUGUCCAAUUUAUUGGUGAUGGUGUUACACAAGUACAAUCGAUAGGAAAUCUGGCAGUUAACAAUAUCGUCAGCUUUCUUAACAUUUCGCAUGAAGAUUCAGAUCCAAAUGAGCCCACAUCUGUUGAGCAUGGGACAUUAAAGGAGAGUGAGAGCCACAAGUUCUGGCGUCCGUCAUUGGAUCGUUCAUCUUCGAUACAAUCUGACAGGAGCAGGACUUCUGAAUCUGCAAGUCUGCAGAUUGGCCGGAUUCUGAAUCAUAUCUGGUCUCAGAUGCGGUCCAACAAUGAUUUUGUUUGUUAUUGUUGCUUUGUUCUGGUAUUUUUGUGGAAUUUCAGUUUACUUUCAAUGGUAUACCUGGCAGCUCUUUUCUUAUAUGCUCUUUGUGCCAACACAGGGCCAAGUUACACUUUUUGGGUCAUCAUGCUAAUCUACACAGAGUUUUAUAUCCUGAUCCAGUAUCUGUAUCAAAUUUUAAUCCAACAUUGUGGUUUCAGCAUCCAGUCAGACCUUCUUCAUGAACUUGGGUUUCCUGCAAAACGGAUAACGUCUUCAUUUGUGAUAAGUUCGUUGCCUCUUUUUCUUGUGUAUCUAUUCACUCUCGUACAAAGCUCUAUCACUGCCAAAGACGGUGAGUGGUUCUCGGCCGGAUUUAGCAAGGUGAGACUACUGCACCGCAAGCAAAAUCUUGAGAUUUCCAGCUUGAGUGGUAAGGUAAAGGAGCUGGCCCAACUAGUGAGAAAGAUGGUUAAGGUUGUGAUUAAAAGUUGCAGCAGGUAUUGGAAAUCACUGACACAAGAAGCAGAAUCUCCUCCAUACUUUGUGCAGUUGUCAAUGGAUGUCCACAUAUGGCCAGAGGAUGGAAUCCAGCCUGAGAGGAUAGAAUCUGGAAUAAAUCGUCUGCUGCAGCUUGUUCAUAAAGAGAAAUGCAAGAAUGAAAAUCUUAUUAAUUGCCCUUGUGCUAGCAGAGUGCAGAUUCAAAGUAUUGAAAAGAGUACAGAAAACCCAAAUGUUGCCUUAGCUGUUUUUGAAGUGGUGUAUGCUACAUCUGACAAAGAGUGUAGUACAGAAGAACAGUAUGGGUCGCUAACCCCUGCUGCAGAUGUAGCAAAAGAGAUCCUUAAGGCACAGCAUAGUGGUUUGGCGGAAGGAAUUGGAUUUCCUUAUCCUAUAAUCUCUGUCAUUGGAGGUGGCAAAAGAGAAGUUGAUCUCUAUGCCUACAUAUUUGGUGCUGACUUAACUGUUUUCUUUUUGGUGGCCAUAUUUUACCAAUCUGUCAUAAAGAACAAAAGUGAAUUUCUUGAGGUUUAUCAGCUAGAGGACCAAUUCCCCAAAGAGUUUGUGUUCAUUCUGAUGGCUAUCUUCUUCUUGAUCGUAGUGGAUCGUGUUAUCUACCUCUGUUCAUUUGCUACUGGAAAAGUUGUCUUCUAUGUGUUCAACCUCAUUCUUUUUACCUAUGCUGUAACUCAAUAUGCUUGGCAUAUGGAUACAUCUCAACAAAACACCGCAGGAUUGGCUCUUCGUGCAAUAUAUCUGACUAAAGCGAUUUCACUGUCACUUCAAGCCAUGCAACUUCGUUAUGGUGUUCCCCAUAAGAGCACCUUAUAUCGCCAGUUUCUUACCAGCAAAGUUUCCCGAGUUAACUAUCUAGGGUAUCGACUCUAUCGUGCCCUUCCGUUCCUGUAUGAAUUACGAUGUGUUCUUGAUUGGUCAUGCACAACUACAUCAUUGACAAUGUAUGACUGGCUGAAGUUGGAGGACAUUAAUGCAAGCCUGUACCUUGUCAAGUGCGAUGCUGUUCUUAACAGGGCUACUCACAGACAAGGAGAAAAGCAGUCAAAAAUGACGAAAUUUUGCAAUGGGAUAUGCCUAUUUUUCAUUUUGAUUUGUGUAAUUUGGGCUCCUAUGCUGAUGUAUAGCAGUGGUAAUCCGACGAAUAUUGCAAAUCCCAUUAAUGAUGCUACUGUUCAGCUUGAUGUUAAGACGGAUGCCGGGAGAUUGACCUUGUACCAGACAACUUUAUGCGAAAAAAUUCCAUGGGAUCAACUGGACACUGCUAUUGAUCUUGAUCCUCAAGGUUAUCUAAGUACAUACAAUGUACGUGAUAUCCAACUUAUUUGUUGUCAAUCUGAUGCCAGUACUUUGUGGCUUGUGCCCGAUAUUGUCCAGAGAAAGUUUGUAAAGUCUCUCAGUGGAGAGAUGGGUCUUAAGUUCUCUUGGAUUCUUACCAGAGAUAGACCAAAGGGCAAGGAAGUUGUUAAGUUUGAGCGGCCAGUUGAUCCUUUAGAUUGUCCUGAACCUUCAGAAGUUGAGAAAGUCCUAAAUGGUUCUAGUAGCAGUUUUAGGGUUCAUAACAUCUAUCCGAGAUAUUUCCGUGUAACUGGUUCGGGUGAUGUUCGGACUUUUGAACAGGAGGCAAAUGAUGUCGGUGCUGACAUUGUCCUUAAUAAUGGGAGUUUUCAGUGGUGGUCCUUCCAUGAUAUUAAUUCCCUUGAUGUUAAUGGCUGUGGAGGAUUGAAGGGGCCGAUGGCAAUUAUUGUAUCUGAGGAAACCCCACAGGGUUUCCUUGGAGAGACGCUGAGCAAGUUCAGUAUUUGGGGUCUCUACAUUACAUUUGUGUUGGCAGUUGGCCGAUUUAUAAGACUGCAGUGCUCUGAUUUGCGCAUGCGGAUACCGUAUGAGAAUCUCCCUUCAUGUGACAGGUUGAUCGCAAUCUGUGAGGAUAUAUAUGCUGCUAGGGCAGAGGGUGAGCUUGGAGUCGAGGAAGUCUUGUACUGGACAAUAGUGAAGAUAUAUAGGUCACCUCAUAUGUUGCUUGAGUACACCAAACAAGACUAGCAGAUUUGGCAAAUUCAGCAGCAUAUAGUUAAAACACUAACUCGUAUAGUUUAACACUAACCAGAAGUAGUCAUUUUGAAUUUGGGUCCUGCAGAGUUUUUUUAUAACCACACUUCCCAGGUUCAAAUUUUUAGUUGGGAGUUGGGAAGAAAUCAUUUGUUGUACACAAAAUCCAUAGAGGUGUUUGUUGUAGUGGCGUUUUUGCAUGUCGCCAAACUCAUAAUUUGUUAGAGAAAUGGAAAUUUGUAAAUAGCUGGUCAGGGUAUAUACUCAAACCAAUUUUUGAGGAAAUGAUAAAAAUUUACAAUUCCAAUUUGUCAUUGAAGGAGCUCU